AUGAGAAAGGUGAAACGAAACACAUUGAGUACUUCCAGGGCUACACUCAAUUUUGUGUGCCUGUGUCUUCCUGUUAAUUUGCCUGCUCACAUCGAGGAAAGCAUUUUGAUGCUACCUGAAAUGGUGGAACUGAGAAGCCGCAUCGGAGAUCUCAGAAAGUGCAAUAAUCAGACGGAUCUUCGGGACGCGAAGCUGCGUUACAGGAACGCAUUGGUUCGGCAACGCCGGUUUGAACUCAAAAGGUAUCAAACUUCGUGGGUACAGGCGAGAAGGGAUCAAAAAAUUCUCAACCGUGGCAAAGAGCAGCCGGUCUCAGCGACAAAUGAUGUUUGUAUACGUGCUCAGAGUUUGAUCAUGCCUGAAAUUGCGCGAAUCGCAACAGCGAUGUCCCGAACCACUGAGUUGUCCUUUGAAGAGAAAAUCAUGUUCGUCAAAGACUUACAGACUCAAUGCUCCCGCGAUUUUGAUGUGGUCUACCUUCCCAAUGAAAGUCCAAUUCAUAGUGCCUGUCCGGCGAAAGCCUGCCAGGUCAUCAUUACAAGCUUAAAAAAAAGUGAACGAAGCACUCACAUCCAUGCAUGCGUUCGAAGCGAGAAGGCAGCUGGUUUCCAAGUCUCGGAGUCACAAAUGCGCUUUUGUUACGAAUGUAUGGAGUGGUGCUUGUUAAGUGAAUGGCGAGAUCACUGCAAUGCUCAUCUCCAGUCGUGGGAAACUCAACACUGUGAAGUUAUUAUAUAUCGUCACACAGUAAUCCGCCCCGGCUACUGUCCCUUGUGCCUGUGGAAUGCGUAUCUUCCCGCGGAAGAACGAUUGGCUUAUUGGCUGAAAAGUGGCAACCUGAGGCAACACAUCGAAGAACAUCACAUGUGUCGGCUCCAGUGGCCUACAACAAAGCCAGUAUGCGGUUGUGCCCAAGAAUUCGACAAUGAGCGUGACCUUCGACAUCAUUUGCACGACAUCCACGGGCUUAACAAAGCUAUUUGGUCUAGUCCAAAGCUUCCGAGGAAGAGAAAGCGUGCCUUCAAGACGGAGCUGGAAGCACAAAGAUCUUCGACAGAGCUAGAGGAGGAGCGACCCAAAAGGUUGCGCUUUUACCCUCAUCCGCCUCCGCGUCACGAACAGCAGCCAGACCAGAUAUUUGUGCCCAUUUCUGCAUCGCUUUCGUACGUUGAGGAACAUCCCGAACGAUAUUACUGUUCGGAACUCAGUGAUACUCCAAGUGAAAGCAGUAGAAGUAGCGCAGCUGCAUCAUACUUUUCCGCAGCAGAUUCUUCACUCAGCUCCCCGCCAACAACUCCCGGUCUUGAAGUCAUUGACCCUCGGAUCCUCAAGCCAAUUGAACUUCGCAUGGGAGAUGAUUGCGAGCCUUACAACCAAGCAACUGUUCAGCUGGACCCGCCCGAUCUCUCUAUGGACGAGCUGGCGGCAAAGAACGAACCCUACACUUGCCAAAAGCCGUCUAAACGAUCUAGCAAAGAUUGUGCUGGCAAAGAAGCAAAUGAAAGGCCAGGCAAGGCUUUACGACCAGAUUCUCUCAUCUCCCCCAGCAAUCAAAGGCCGAAGCUUAGGCGUGAGGAGUACCAUCAUAUGCAGGCAGAAUCCGACGACAAAACCCUUUCUGGUAAUCAAGCCUGUGUCUCGCUCACUCGAGUCAAGCCAAGAUCACAGUCACCGCUCAAUAAUCUGGGUGAUCCGAGUACUCGCAAGCUCCGUCAGAAGCUUAAUACAAGAGAAAAACGAAAGCUGCUAGAGCUCAAGGCCAAAAAUCUGACCUUGAGGCAGAUUGGGCUCCACUUUGUAGACAUAGAUACGGCCUUUCUGCGACAGGCUUGGAAGGAUUUAGAGCUUCCUCAGCGAUGCACCAGAUCAGGGUCUAAUCGGAUGGUCCGUCGGAGAUAUGCUCGCUAA